CCCGCUUGAAUCAGCUGUGAUUGACAACUGUCGUCUAUCGGUUAUCGAUAAGUUUAUAGCUAUUAAAAAUCAUCUGAGAAAAUAUUAAAUGACUGGUUAAAAAAAUUCUAUUAAGAAGACAAACGACAAUGUGGACAAAACCGAGUUAUGCGUUAAUUGUGCUGUUGAGCUGUAUUUUAUCCGGUUCUUGGGGCUUUUUGGAGCACGACAGCUGGAUCAGCAUUGAUUUGCACCAUUCGCUGUCUCCCUCGAGGCCUGAAUACUUCUCGCAUCGCGGCAACAUCUCCAUACCCAGUCUAAAUGCUGGACUUUCAACUGUGCUUCAAAAUGAGCUGAGCGAAAGCGAGCUGGAGGAGCUGAAAACGCUGAGCCAGCAGAAUGGUUUCUAUCGCUUGAAGGCAACGGUCACCUAUCCCAAUGGCAACACCCAACGCUUUUUGACCUCCAGCAAAGCUUGCAGUCUGCUCGCUUCCCAGCUCAAUGAUGUGCUCUGGAUCUCGUUGGAUGCCUAUGGUUUUGUCACCGGAAUUACAGCUGCCCAAGACCCAACACCCAAUGGUUCAGGUUGCUCAUCUGAAGAAUUGGCACAAAUCAAGGAGAAACGUUUCCGAUCUGAUGUUAUCAUUAGACACGCUGAGUUGGCUCCAGUACCCGAUACCGGCAGUUUUAUUCAGAAAUACGAGAGGGAGCGUGAGGCCCGGGAACGUGGCGAAGUUCGUGAUAAUCGCGGCUUCUUCGCCAAGUAUUGGAUGUAUAUUGUGCCCGUAGUGCUGUUGGUCUUCAUCUCGGGUGCCACAAAUCAAGAUGCCGCCAAAUAAGUAAAUUUUUAGUUAAAUUCUAGUUAUCUUUGCAAUCGUUUUGUGCAGUCAUUUAAAUUCAAUACGAUCUGAAUGAAGAUUAAAGUUCGAUUUGCAUUUUUGAAAUUUUUAGAAUAACAUUUCUGUAUUCAAAGAGUGAACAGUAAUCACAUUUCUUGGCAUUUCCUAUAGGUAAUUAAUAAAAAUGAUUUAAUCAGA